UGAAUUCGAGAGCUGAUUUCGUCUGCUGCCGCGGUGCGGAGCGGAUUGCAAUCGCGAUCGAGCGCGAUGGCGAUCGACGCGUAGUUGAAACCGGCGGCUGUUAACCAUCGCUAAAAAUCGCAGGUGAAGUGGGAAAUCGCGCGCGGCGUGGAAAGGGGUAGAAAGUGCAUCACGGCUCAGUCGUCAUCAGUAGUCAUCUUGUGUUUACGGUGUAUUAAAUGCGCGACGAGAGCAAGGAAUAAGCGAGCUGUCGCGAAGUGUGGCGAGGCGGCGUGGUGAGGCGGCGACGAGGACGACGGUAGCGGUAUUGGCGGCGGUGAGGUGUAGUGAAGUGAGGAUCACGACGCGGCGUCGACGACCUGCCAGAGGACACGACGACACCUGCUCGACGACGAGAGACGUGCGUACGUACGUACGUACGUGAGAACGAGCGUGUGGCGACGGCCAUACUCAAACAACGGCCGAGCGGAGCAACGUGCGGCGCGAGAGAUGAAGUGAUAAUAGAGUCGAGCAGGGAGAAAGAGAGCCGAUCUCUCCGCGAGCCGCUUGCAGCAGGCGCGCGCGAAACUGCAAGACGUGUGAGCGGACAAGACGAAACGGGACGAGCUGAAUCGAAUCGAGUCACAGUUGCAGUCGGCGCGAGCGUGCCACGAUAUAUCGGUGCGCGAGAGCGAGCCAGCAGCACAGCAGCAGCAGCAGCAUCAAGCAGCAGCAGCAGCGGCGACGAGAGAAUACGAGAAGGAGCGGCCGGAACGGGCGGAAGUGUGGGCCGUGUGUGUCUGCGUACGUGCGGGAGAUUCGUAGGAAAGGAGGUAGCAGACAGAAGCGGGACUCAAAGAGUCGCAGCUCAGCGCGGGGCUUCAGUUAUUCGCUGAGAUGAGCACCAAGACAGAUGUGAACAGGCGGGUAUUGGCCAUCCAAGCGAAGAAGAAGCGACACAAGCCCAGCAAGCGCAAGGGCAAGGCCAAUUCCCAAAGCGAGCAGGACGCGCAGACCUCCAAGGGCCAACGCAGCGGUCAGGUGGCGGCCGCCGCCAACACCUUCGAGUACUCGGACGCCUCACUGCGCAACUACACCACUGACAACGGGACCAGAUUGGUACCGUGUCAUAGUUCCAGCAAUGAAACAAUAGAGGACGACGAUGAGGUGUUCAGUAGCGAGGACGAGGAACAGGAGGACAGCAGUGACUAUUGUAAAGGCGGAUACCACCCUGUGAAGAUAGGAGAUCUCUUUUUAAAUCGUUAUCAUGUCACGCGUAAGCUUGGUUGGGGUCACUUCUCCACUGUAUGGCUCUGCUGGGAUUUGCAGGACAAGCGUUUUGUGGCGCUUAAAGUCGUGAAAUCCGCAUCCCAUUUCACUGAGACUGCAUUGGAUGAAAUUAAAUUAUUAAAAGAUGUGCGCGAUACGGAUCCCACCGAUCCUAAGCGCAAUAAGACCGUCCAGUUGCUCAAUGACUUCAAGAUCAGCGGCAUUAAUGGCCUGCAUGUUUGCAUGGUAUUCGAAGUACUCGGACAUAAUCUUCUUAAAUUGAUUAUCAAGUCAAACUACAGAGGAAUUCCAAGAAAUAAUGUUAAACGCAUCAUCAGACAAGUCCUUGAAGGUCUCGACUAUCUUCAUAAUAAAUGUAAAAUUAUUCAUACAGACAUUAAACCUGAAAAUGUUCUCGUAUGCGUCGAUGAAGCUUACAUACGAAAGUUAGCUUGCGAAGCGACGGAACUCCAUUCUAUGGGAGCAAAAUUGCCAGUGUCCCUCAUUUCCACCGCACCGAAGGAAUUUCAAGAACCCACGCCGAAUUCCAAAAUGUCCAAGAACAAGAAGAAGAAAUUAAAAAAGAAAGCCAAGCGACAAAAUGAACUUUUGAAGAAGCAGAUGGAACAGAUCGAGGAGUUAGAGGAACAAAGUAAACUCGCGAAUAGCACGAGAGAGAACGGCGAGGUUGAAACGAAUAGCUUAGACCAGGAUCUUAAUACUGAAAGCAUAGAAGACAAUACGACGGAAAGCAAAGAUUCGCCCGAUAUCUCGGAACCGUCCGCACCUUCCUUACACAUGAACGGAGUGGAUGGUUUAACUGGCGGUGAGAAAAUACAGAAUCUAUUACCCGAAGAAGAAUCCGAAAAGAUGGACAAUGUGUGCGAUGUGGAAAAAAGUUGUGGCGAGGGUGUACUGCCACCUGAUCCCGAAGAUACCGACGAAUGCAGUGAAGGUACAAUAAUUGCCUGCGUCAAGCAAUAUACGUCUGUUUUUGUUGCAAUUUCAUUCAUUGGUUAUCUUUUAGGUCGUAGAUCGUUAAAUCCACCGGAAAGUAAACAAUUAAAACGGGCGUCUCUAUCGCCCCUGGAUCCUGCCAUAAUGGAGUGUGAGGUCGACGUGAAGAUAGCAGAUCUCGGAAACGCGUGUUGGGUUCAUAAAAAAUUCACAGACGACAUUCAGACCCGUCAGUACAGGUCGCUUGAGGUUCUGUUAGGUUCUGGAUACGACACUUCCGCCGAUAUAUGGUCCACUGCUUGCAUGGCAUUCGAACUGGCGACUGGUGACUAUCUUUUCGAACCACACAGUGGCAAAGAUUACUGCAGAGAUGAAGAUCAUUUAGCUCAUAUUAUCGAGUUGCUAGGAGAAAUACCGAAACGUAUCGCACUUUCGGGGAAGAACUCAAAAAUAUACUUCAACAAAAAGGGUGAAUUGAAGCAUAUUACCGGAUUAAAACCGUGGGGCUUGUACGAAGUGUUGACGGAGAAGUAUGACUGGACACCAAGCGAAGCGCGCGAGUUCGCAGAGUUCCUAACACCGAUGCUCGAAUUCAAUCCGAGCAUGCGAGCUACCGCAGCCGAGUGCCUCAAGCAUCCAUGGCUGCAAAUCAAAAAGUGAUCGCGUUUUUUAUUGUUUUAUCUGUAAUAUUCCCUCAACUCCCGAUCCUACCGCCCAGUUGUCGCAAAUCGUAAAUCGAGAGUGUGAUAGGAAGCCGAAAACACUUGCAGACACAUCAGGUGUUAUUUCCGUACUGAAAAAUCGUAAUUCCGCGACCCAAUUUGCGUGCAAAGAGCAAGUGCAUCGAUUCAAGAACGCACACACACACACACCCUAGAAAACUGUUUGUAAUAAGAAUUACGGGAACGAAUUGUAACAUAUGUUGUUAUAUUAAUCCUAUGUACGCUACAAGCGUGUCUCUGCGUGAGGAAUGUUACGAAACCGAAAAUGUUUCGAGAAGAUUGUUAUAUACCCUUUACAAAUGGUGAUUUGACAAUAUCGCGGAAAUCGCCUCAAGGAAAACCUCUCGAACGCAACGAGCGAAGUGUCGCAAAAUCCGAAAAUCGUUAGAGAAGAUCUUGCAAUAUUCCGCUGAUUUCCAUAUAUAAACGGCCGCGCGCGUGCUUCCUAAUGCAACACUCUCAACACAUCGGCUGACCAUUCGUGUAGUUGUACACUUGUUGAAUCGUAUUUUUGAUUAGUGAUGAAAGAACUUAAAUUAAAAAAAAAAAUUUCAUAGUACUUUAUAUAUAUACAUAUUACUUUACACAUUCAUGUCGCAUUCUUCGUACUCGUCAUUUUAUUUAUCUACGAAUAUUCCAAGAGUCGUGGGACCUACUCGUUAAUGCGCUGUGAAGGUACUGGCAGGCUCAGUAACGUGGUUUGGUUUAAAAUUAGGACUUAUUGCCUUGACUCAGUUAUCCCUAUGUACUUUUAUAUAUCGCGCACCACACACCGGUCGCUGCAAAUUCUUGCCAACAAACUUGUCGAGAAAUCGCAACGGGACAGAAGUGGCUACUUAAUUAAUAUUUUACGUCUACCUCAAUAUACGUGAGCCGGUCAGAAAUACUCAUGAAUAAAUAUGCGCGUAUAACGAGGGACCGCAUUCACGUGUAAAUUGAAAUAAAUGAAUUUGUAUAUUGUAGAUAAUAUUAAGAGUCGGUCACACUAGAUUCUUGGUAUAUGUGAUGUUAAUAUGGGCGCUAAUUGGAAUAAAACAGCAUGUAUAACAUAUUUUUCGAGUCAUUUGGUUAGUAUAAAAUUUAAUAUUGGAAAAUAUUGCUUUCAUUUUUUAUCGGCAGUAAUAAGAUGGGUAAAUUUUAUUAUUAACAAGCAACGAUAAGACUGUAAAUGUAUAGUAUAUGUAUAAUGAUUUAUUAUUUUUUUAAAUUCUAUAUUUUAAAUAUAUAUAUAUAUAUAUAUAUAUAUAUAAUUAUUGCUUAUGUGUGUAUAUAUAUACACACACAUAGCAAUAAGAAUUAACAUCACUGUAAAAUGCAUAUAAAGUACGAUUUACAUAUUUAAAAAAAUGUUAUGCAAUCUGUCUUGUUCCGUUGCGCCCUGCAAAACUGAUAUAGUAAUGAAUUCUGUUCAUUGUAAAUUUGUUUACAUUGCUAAUGCGAACACCAUAUACAUAAUGUACAAUUACAAAAAGAGAGUAUCUAUAUCGUAUGACGAAUCGUAACACGAGUAACAUUGAGUUUCGUGCGAACCUCUUUACUUCACGAAUACUGACUGAUUACUGAGCUCUCUGCCGAUAAUAACUGUCUUCUAUUUUAUAAACGAAAAAGCCAAGCAAUGCGUUCCACUUGGAUUCUGUGCAUCGCGGACUACUGUUUCAUAUCUCGACAAAUUCAACUCAUGCUUCCGACAGAAUAUUCUGUUUCGCUUCGCCUAUCAGUUUAAGGUCGUUUCGUAAAAAAUUCUCGAUCGAACUGUGUAUGGAGAUGUGUGCGUACGUGGAAAAAAUCGUCACGAUGUAUAAAUAUUUUAUUACUUAGUGCGGUUACAUCUUCCCGGGUAAAAGAGGAAAAUACUCUCAUAAAAAUACACAUUGUUAUGCUCUAUUUUUAACGUGUAUCAUGCAUUUUUUAUUUAUUUUAUUUUUGACCAUUUUUAAAUAGCAAUGUUUUGUUUGAUUUACGCAUAUACAUACUUCAACAUGUACAAGGCGCAAUUCUUAAUUUAUUAAAACUCGACGUGCACUCUUAUGGAAUAUGUUUGCUGGUUUUUAUUAUAUUCUCAAAUGCUGUUCAGGCAUCACUUUAGUUUAGAAACAAGAUUAUUUUUUUUUUCUUUUUUGCUAUUGGAAAGGUAAAAAAGCAGGUCUGAUAUCUCCUUAUAAUGUACGGGAAACAAGCAACACGGCGUGCGAUAUGCGAGAGAUUUUGACGAGAAAGUGCCUCUUCUACCCGCGCUACGGUUAAUAUCGUUCGCGUUAUCUAUCUCCGGCGUUUCCCCUGCAAUUGCAUGUCUCUUUCGUGAAUCUCAUAUGGUCUCCGAUGACGGCGAAUCUGUACAGUACAUAACAUGAAAUUUUAGCGAAUACAAUAUCGUUUUAUAAAACACGGCCAGUGAAAUCCGUUGUUAUACGAAGAAGGGCAGCGAUCACGAUGCGAUUUAAUAGUCAAUUUUUCCGUUAGCCUUGCUUGUUACUCGUCAAAGAAGGUGCUUCGAAUCAAACCAAAAUCGAGCUUUUGCUCGGCCUCGCUCGACUCUUCAGCCGCAAAUGUCACUCAUCAGAUUUCGAAAUUCAUAUAGUCUCCUAAAAAAAAAAAAAAAUAAAUUAUAGAUAGAUAUUCUGAGGAUCUGUGUCGUUAAGAAUCGAACCAAACGAUUAAAGGAAGACAAGAAUUGAAACCGAUGUAAUUUCAGUGAGUUCAAAUUUUGGACUAUUGGCACACGAAGAGAACUUUAUAGCUAUAAAUAAAAUGACUAAACUGA